GUCGCCAUUAACGACCGCUUCCACUCCCUUCCUCAGGCAGCAGCAGCCAGCAGCCCGCCAGGCCGCCACCGCGUGAGUUCGCUGGGGGCUACAAAUCCCGCCCCGCCCCGCCGCCGCGGCAUCUCAUCUGCAUCCACGGCCACAGCGGAGGAAAAAGGAAAAAGAGAGCGGGGAACCGGGGGAAGGAGUGACCAUGGUGAGGCUCCCGUACGUGACCGCGCUCACCACGCUCUUCAGCUACGGCCUCCUCUUCGCCUUCGGCCAGCUCCGGGACUUCUUCCGCAGGAUCCUCGACGCCCGCAAGCCCAGCAACCUCAAGGGCUACGCGCCGAUCUGCUUGGGUCUAGAGGAUUUCUACACGCGCCGCCUCUAUCUCCGCAUCCAGGACUGCUUUGGCCGGCCGAUUGCCAGUGCGCCAGAUGCUUGGUUCGAUGUGGUUGAGCGCUACUCAAAUGACUGCAACAAGACACUCCAUCGUACCACAGCAACAACCAAAUGCCUUAACUUGGGUUCCUAUAACUAUCUUGGUUUCGCUGCGGCUGAUGAGUACUGCACCCCUCGUGUUAUUGAGUCACUGAAGAAAUAUUCGGCUAGCACGUGCAGUGUUCGAGUUGACGGAGGCAACACUAAGCUGCACACAGAGCUCGAAGAGCUUGUUGCAAGAUUUGUUGGUAAGCCUGCAGCUAUUCUUUUUGGCAUGGGCUAUGUGACAAACUCUGCUAUCAUUCCUGCUCUGGUUGGGAAGGGAGGCUUGAUUAUUAGCGAUUCACUGAACCAUAAUUCUAUAGUCAAUGGAGCUAGAGGUUCAGGGGCCACUGUUCGGGUUUUUCAACAUAACAAUCCUGCUCACUUGGAAGAGGUAUUGAGAGAGCAGAUUGCAGGAGGCCAGCCUCGUACACACAGGCCAUGGAAGAAGAUCAUUGUGAUUGUUGAGGGAAUUUAUAGCAUGGAGGGGGAGCUAUGCAAACUCCCUGAGGUUAUUUCUGUCUGCAAGAAAUACAAGGCCUACACAUAUUUAGACGAAGCACACAGUAUUGGAGCUAUUGGAAAAACAGGGAGAGGUGUAUGUGAGCUACUGGGAGUGGAUCCAGCUGAUGUUGACAUUAUGAUGGGUACAUUUACAAAAUCAUUUGGAUCAUGCGGAGGUUACAUUGCAGCAUCAAAUGAGAUUAUUCACCAUCUAAAGCUUACAUGCCCAGCCCAUAUUUAUGCAACAUCCAUGUCACCUCCAGCGGUCCAGCAGGUCAUUUCAGCUAUAAAGGUCAUCCUUGGGGAAGAUGGAACUAACAGAGGGGCCAAGAAGCUCGCUCAAAUUCGAGAGAACAGCAAUUUCUUCCGCUCGGAGCUUCAGAAAAUGGGUUUUGAGGUUCUUGGAGAUAAUGACUCACCCGUCAUGCCUAUCAUGCUUUACAAUCCUGCUAAAAUUCCUGCAUUCUCAAGGGAGUGCCUGAGGCAAAAUGUUGCUGUUGUUACUGUUGCAUUUCCUGCCACACCACUUCUACUUGCGAGAGCUAGGAUAUGUAUCUCAGCUUCCCACUCCAGAGAAGAUCUCAUAAAAGGAUUGGAGGUUAUCAGCAAAGUUGGUGACCUUGUGGGUAUCAAAUACUUCCCGGUUGAGCAAGAGAAGACCACGGCUGUUGAAAAACUGAAGAAGAUUCAAUGAACAAUGGCAAGAACUCUGAUGCUGUUGUGCUAGGUUGGCAGGGUCAUCUUGGUGUACAUUGUAUGCCUCAGUUUGGCCUUUCUGUGCACCUCUGGGCCCUUUUUUCUUGUCCUUUGUUUCUGGAGAAAAUUAUUUUUUGUACAGUAUGUAUCAUCCACCAUAGUUCAAAAUAUAACAGGCAGAUAGGCAUUGUCAUCGAAUUCAGAAAAGCAAUUUUCCCAGUUACCUCUUUAAACCAUAUAGACUAUAUGACUGAAACCAUGUAGAUAUUUGCAGUAUUAUUAUCUAUCAUUCUGGUUGUUUUGAAUUGGUACGUAGAUGAGUCCAGUCUUUGAAACCAUGUAACAAAUCUGGAGUACAGAAAUAUAAAAGGCAGCAGAGUUGAGUCUGAA